CCACAGCCCUCCCUCCAUCUCCCCUGCUCUGUCCCCUCUGUCCCUCUGUCCCCUCGGUGCCGGUUGCCUUGUACCCCCCUGUUCCUUGCUCCCCCCUCCAUUUGUCCUUCUAUUUUCUCCCAUCACCUCAUCCAUCCCCCAGCCUCUCCCUCUGAGUAUCACUCAUCCUUCAUUCUCCCCUGCCUCAGUCUCUCCCUCAUCACUUUGACCCUGCCUCUGCGCCCCCCCCCAUGUCUCUCUGUCCAUCCAAUCGGCCUCUCCUCGGGUGCCACGGUUGGGCUCCCCCAGCCCUCUCCCCUGGCUGCUAAUGAGCAGAGGAGCCUUUGAGGUGGCCAGGGCUGGGUGGGGGGGCUCCCUGAGGGGGGCGGAGGGGGCAGCUGCUGCCAAGGCCCUAAUGAGGCCCCCUCUGUGCCCCUCCUGCCGUGAUCUUAAUUCCCGGUUCUCCCUGGAGCCACCGCUAAUUGGCCUGGGGAGGGGCCCCCUCCUGGCUGCCACUCUGCCCUCAGGGGGUGAGGACACCUGGAUGCUGAUCCAGCACCUGUGGCCUGUGCGUCUGUGUCAGCCUCCCAUCUGUGCGCCCCUCCUUCCCUCCCUCGCCCCACCUGCCUUAGGUGCCUCCAUCUGUGCACCCCUCCUCCGCUCCUCUUGUUCCUGUCCUCAUCUGUCCCUCCCUCCACCUGCCUCUGGCCUUCCCAUUCACCCGCCCUUCCACCAUCGCACCUGUUACCAGGACCCACCCCCGUGUCCCCACCUCGGGACCCAGACGUAUCCUAACCUGCCCCCACAGCCCCCACUCCCGCGCGGCUUUUAACCCCUUCCCUGCCGCAGCCAUGUCCAACAACAUGGCCAAGAUUGCCGAGGCCCGCAAGACGGUGGAACAGCUGAAGCUGGAGGUGAACAUCGACCGCAUGAAGGUGUCGCAGGCAGCGGCGGAACUCCUGGCUUUCUGCGAGACGCACGCAAAAGACGACCCGCUGGUGACGCCAGUACCUGCGGCAGAAAACCCCUUUCGCGACAAGCGCCUCUUUUGUGUUUUGCUCUGAGCCCUCCAGACAGCUUACCCUCCCCUGCCAAAGUAUGGAUCUAAUAAACUUGGUCACUGU